AUGUCAAUCUUCUUCUCGACCCCCGUGGACAUCGACAUCGUCCUGGAAGACAACGAUGACCGGUCAGCGGUGGACAUCAAGCUUGAUAAGAACCGGAGGGAGAAGGCGCCUUUGUACCUGGAUGGGGAGUCUGUGAAGGGUGCAGUCACAAUACGGCCGAAGGACGGGAAGAGGCUGGAGCACACCGGCAUUAAGGUGCAGUUCAUCGGCACGAUCGAAAUGUUCUUUGACCGCGGUAACCACUACGAAUUCCUCUCGUUAGGCCAGGAACUGGCGGCACCUGGCGAUCUGCAACACCCCCAGACCUUCGAGUUCAACUUCAAGAACGUCGAGAAGCAAUAUGAAUCGUACAACGGCAUCAACGUUAAGCUACGGUACUUCGUCCGAGUCACCGUCUCUCGGCGGAUGGCAGAUGUGGUUCGGGAGAAGGACAUCUGGGUGUACUCUUACCGGAUACCACCUGAGACGAAUGCCUCUAUCAAGAUGGAUGUCGGUAUCGAGGACUGUCUACACAUAGAGUUUGAAUACUCGAAAUCGAAAUAUCACCUGAAGGAUGUCAUCGUGGGCCGGAUAUACUUCCUUUUAGUGCGGUUAAAGAUUAAGCAUAUGGAACUGUCAAUCAUCCGAAGGGAGACGACUGGAGCAGCACCCAAUCAGUACAAUGAGAGCGAAACCCUCGUGCGAUUUGAGGCAAGCGAUGAUUCUAGUACGAUUGCUAGACACAGCGCUAACAAUGGGCAGAUAAUGGACGGAUCACCUUCUCGAGGGGAAACGAUACCAAUUCGGCUCUUCCUUGGCGGCUUUGACCUGACUCCAACCUUCCGUGAAGUCAACAAGAAGUAUUCGACGCGUUAUUACCUGAGCUUGGUCCUGAUCGAUGAAGAUGCGCGGCGCUACUUCAAACAAUCCGAAAUCGUACUCUAUCGGCAAGCGCCAGAAGGCCUUGCGGCUGCGCAGGCGCAGAAUCUGCAAAUCGCUCCGUCAUGA